AUUCUGAUAUUAUUCUUUUGGUGUGAAGUAUAUGGUCAAGUUGGGAUGUUUUCCUGCACUGAAAAUGUCAUGGUUUUAAAAAAAAAAAAAACAAUUUAGCAGCAACCCUGGUGAUGUUAAUAACCAAGAUCAUGAAUCCUUAGUUAACUUGAGAGGAUUCCUGAGAAUCUGGAUAUCAUGAGAGAAACAGUGGCGUGGAGGUACUUCAGCCGAGAUGUUGUCCCCUUUGCGGCAAUGAUCGCAGUGGAGUGUACCACGGUUGGAUCGUCCACACUGUUCAAAGCUGCGACCUUGAGAGGAUUCAGUUUUUAUGUCUUUGUCUUCUACUCUUAUGUUGUUGCUACACUUGUCCUAUUUACACUUUCCCUCAUCUUUGGAAGGAAGAGAAGAUUACCUUCAGCCAAGUCUCCUCUCUUCUUCAAGAUUUUCCUACUUACGCUUCUUGGGCUUACCUCGCGGAUAGCUGGUUGUAAAGGAAUAGAAUAUAGUUCCCCAACUCUUUCUUCUGCUAUAAGCAACCUCACACCAGCUUUCACCUUCAUGCUUGCCGUCUUCUUCAGGAUGGAACAAGUGAUGUUAAGAAGCUCUGCAACACAGGCUAAAAUCAUUGGCACGAUAGUAUCUAUAUCUGGUGCUCUUGUUAUUGUUCUUUAUAAAGGCCCAAAACUUCUUGUUGCUGCAUCUUUUGCUUCAUUCGAGCCAAGUUGGAUCAUUGGAGGCCUUCUGCUAGCUUUACAGUUUUUGCUACUUUCAGUCUGGUAUAUUCUUCAGACUCAGAUCAUGGAGAUAUACCCUGAAGAAAUAAGCGUAGUCCUCUUCUACAACAUGUGUGCAACGCUAAUCUCAGCGUUAGUAUGUCUAUAUGUAGAAAGAGACUUGAAUUCCUGGAAGCUUAAACCGGGAGUCUCACUCGUUGCAGUCAUAUACUCAGGAUUCUUUGAUACAUCAUUGGGCUCAGUUAUCCACACGUGGGGUCUGCAUUUGAAGGGUCCGGUCUAUGUAUCCUUGUUCAAGCCCUUGUCUAUUGCCAUUGCAGUUGCCAUGGCUUCUAUUUUCCUUGGAGAUGCACUUCACCUAGGGAGUGUGGUUGGAUCAGUGAUAUUGAGCUUUGGAUUCUAUACUGUGAUUUGGGGCAAAGCAAGAGAGGAUACAACCAAAACAAUAAGUGAUUCUGAGCAGUCACUUUUGUUUCCUACACAGAACAGAGAAGAUGAAACCUUAUCAUGAAGAUAUUCAUUAUGUUGGAUACAAGUGAAAUCUUAUAUAUUGUAUAUAUCUUCUUCUUUCGUAUCAACAUCUUGCAUAUGCAUACGUUUGACCAAAUGUAUUUUUUCUUGCAUUAUCUAGAACUAGAAGGUAACAAGAAUCUAGUUUCCGUC